AUGUUCGCAGUACGCACUCCAUCGGUCCUGGCCGUAGACAACGUUCACUUUGUGUGCGUCCGAGAGGUCAGGUCUGAUGGGUCGUCGUUGGUUUCCAGCGUGCCAGUGUUUGAUGAGUGCUCCUCUGGAGAUUCCGGGAGCUCGCGACUUGUGACGUUCUCGGAGGUCUGCCUGGACACGACUAAGAAGGUGAUAGUCGUCCAUCUUGCGAACAUUCUCGUUGCUCUGUGCAGGGACAAGAAGGGACGAGAAGAAGAGAAGAGCGGCCGUGUCGAUUGGUGA